AUUGGAUGAACAGACAGGGCAGUGAAGCAGCAGAGAUACGUUUAGGAUAUACAGGAUACUGAACACUUAAAAAAUAACAUCAAGAUCCAAGAAAAAUGGGACCUUUUGCAUUCAUGUUUUGGGUGUUUAUUUGUCCUGCCAUUUCACGUGUGCUUAAAUCCAGUUUGAUAACAGAGGAUAUCUGGAGUAAUGCUCCAAUGGAUGUUUUACCUUCUAACCUGACAGCAGAAAGUGUGAGAGAGUUUCCUUUGUCCUUGGUAGCAGAAAGCCAAGAACAAGAGAGAGAAGGGACAGGCCAAGGAGGACAUUCAUUAGAGGCAAAUGAAAAGAUUGCAAACAACAGAACUCUUCUAGAACCAGGAAUAUUUCACAUAAAAAGUAACAUUUCAGGUGGAAGUAAUGUUUCAUUUGCAUCUAAGGAGCUGGAAUCCAGAGUCACCCUUACCUUUAAUCCAGUGAAGAGUGAUAUUACUAAAACUAUGAGGUUGCUAAACGGAUCAACACAGUCUACAAAAAUCAUGCACCAUAACCUCACCUUUUCUUUCAACAUGACAUCAAAUACAACAUCUUCCCAGAGGGAAGGUAAAGAGCACAUUGCUAGUGCUUCCGGAAGGGAGCUAAUCCCAACUACAACGAAGAUCAAUGACUCUGACAAACAUGACCAGCACUCUGAAGAACAAAAAACAAAGAAACUGAAUCGAAAAUUAAAAUCUAAAAAGGGAGAGCAAUCCUCCCCCAGUGAUGACAAAACAAAUGGUAACACAUUUUUGCACUUGAAAAAAGUUAAGAAAUCAAAAAAGAACCAAAUGAUCCACAGAAAAGGAUAUAAAAAAGUGAACAAAAAGAAGAAACAAAAGGCACAAUAUUUUCCAUACUUUAAAGAUGAUUAUUGUCCUCAAGAAUGUGCUUGUUAUGGAAGAGUGGUCCAAUGCUCUGACAAGGGGGUAGAUAAGAUUCCUUAUGGCAUUCCAUAUAAUGCUAGAUACAUGCUUCUCAUGAACAACAAGAUAGACAUCAUUCAGCUGGAUUUGUUAAAUGAAUACCUCUCUCUUGAAUUUUUGGUUCUCAACAACAACCGCUUGACUGAUAGCUCCAUUGAAGGAGCUUUUGAGGGAAUGGAGAAACUGAAAAGGCUUUAUAUUGAGCAGAACCUCCUGUCCAGCAUCCCUACAGAUCUUCCCAAAACCUUGGAGGAGCUGAGACUGAAUGGAAACAACAUUAGUGUCAUGUCAGAGCAAGUAUGGUUCAGUUGUAAAAACUUGCACAUUGUUAGCCUCAACAAUAACAGCCUGUCAAAUGAGUCUAUUCCUGAUGGUGUUUUUGGCUCCUUGACUAAUUUACGCACUCUGAGUAUCAACAACAACUAUCUGACGGAUACGCCAUACAAACUCCCCACUAACCUCAAAGAACUGUAUCUGAAAGGAAAUCAAAUAGAAAGAAUUUUGAGCCAAAUGUUUACAGAUUACUCUGAUCUGCUUUACCUUGAUCUAAGCAACAACCAACUCAUCAGCAAAGGAAUAGAUGAAAAUUCUUUCUGCUACAUGGCUAAACUUGAAAACCUUAAUCUUGGGGGAAAUUUACUUAAUCAGAUCCCAAAGCAUUUUCCAAGUGCCUUAAAGACCCUGAAUCUUGAGGGGAAUAGAAUAACAUCAGUAAAUAAAGAUGCUUUCUUAAAGAUGAAAAACCUGGAGCAGCUUGGGCUUUCUAAGAAUAAGAUUGUCAAGGUCGCAGCUGGAGCUUUUAAAAGGCUAUCUGCAUUGCACCAUCUAGAUAUUAGUUACAACAAUCUCCUUGAAGUCCCAAGACAACUUCCAGCUACACUACACUCAGUGGCUCUAAAUAAUAAUAAGAUUCACUUUAUCCCCAGGAACUCAUUUUGUGGAAACAAGAAUUUUCUGAGUAAUUUAGUCCUUAUCCAUUUAGAGCACAAUCAUAUUGACAUGGGAAACAUUAAUACUAAUGCAUUCAGGUGUAUUAGAGGUUUUCAGAUAGUCCAUUUCUACUAAAUAUCCUACUGUAUUAAGUGUGAAAUACUGUGUAAUAAUACCUAUUGAAAUGUGGUUGUUUACACUAAUUUAAUUUUUCAUUCUUCAUAUCUGGCUUUGGAGAAAUUCAUCCAUUGUUCUUUAUUCCUUUGACAAAAGAAUAAAAAGUAACAUCAAGCCAACUACAAUACUUGCCUAGAUCUCGUGUACAUUCUUUCAUUGUGUCGGCAUUUUAUCAACAGUUAUUCAAUGCAUUGACAAAUGUGAGUAAUCUUUUCCCUAUAAGAAAGUAACCUUUUUUCACUGUCAUUUAUCUGAUAUCUCUUGCAAGGUUCCAA